UUCCAAUCCCCUCCAUAUCAUGCGAUUCAGGUGUUCCAAUCCCCUCCCAAUCAUGUGAUUUAGGUGCUCCAAUCCCCUCCAUGGACACAGGUGUAUACAAUCAAGCCCCUAGGCAUGCAGACGGCUUCUACAAUCAUUGGUGAAAGAAUGGGUCGCUCUCAGGAGCUCACUGACUCCAAGCGUGGUCCCGUGAUAGGUGGCCACCUGGGCAAUAAGUCCAUCCGUGACAUUUCCUGGCUACUAAAUAUUCCACGCUCAACUGUUAGUGGGAUUAUAACAAAGUGGAAGCCACUGGGAACAACAGCCACUCAGCCACCAAGUGGUAGGCCACGUCACAUGACAGGGCGGGGUCAGCGCAUGUUGAAGCGCACAGUGCGCAGAAGUCGCCAACUGUCUGCAGAGUCAAUAGCUAAAGACCUCCAAACUUGGUGUGGCCUUCAGAUGAGCCCAACAACAGUGCGUAGAGAGCUUCAUGGAAUGGGUUUCCAUGGCCGAGCAGCUGCAUCCAAGCCUUCCAUCACCAAGUGCAGUGCAAAGCGUCGGAUGCCGUGGUGUAAAGCAUGCCGCCACUGG